CCCCUACAAACGACCGUCUAUCUACCCGGACACGUAAUGAGCCGAACCAUGUGAAUGAAGAUGGGGGACUGGAACUUGUUAGGGAGCAUCUUAGAAGAGGUCCACAUUCACUCCACCAUCGUGGGAAAGAUCUGGCUCACCAUCCUCUUCAUCUUCCGCAUGCUGGUGCUCGGCGUGGCCGCCGAGGACGUGUGGGACGACGAGCAGAGCGAGUUCGUCUGCAACACGGAGCAGCCCGGCUGCAAGACCGUCUGCUACGACCAGGCUUUCCCCAUCUCCCUCAUCCGCUACUGGGUGCUGCAGGUCAUCUUCGUGUCCUCCCCGUCCCUGGUCUACAUGGGCCACGCGCUCUACCGCCUCAGGACCCUGGAGAAGGAGAGGCACAGGAAGAAGGUCUCCCUGAAAGCCGAGCUGGAGGGGACGGACCCCGUCCAGGAGGACCACAGGAGGAUCGAGCGGGAGCUCCGGAAGCUGGAUGAGCAGAAGAAGGUGAGGAAGGCGCCCCUCAGGGGCUCGCUGCUGCGCACCUACGUUUUCCACAUCCUGACCAGGUCCGUGGUGGAGGUGGGCUUCAUCAUAGGCCAGUGCGCUCUGUACGGCAUCGGACUGUCUCCCCUCUACAAAUGCCAGCGGUUGCCUUGCCCCAACAGCGUGGAUUGUUUCGUGUCGCGGCCGACGGAGAAGAACAUCUUCAUGGUCUUCAUGCUGGUCAUCGCCGGGGUCUCCCUGUUCCUCAACCUCCUGGAGAUCUUCCACCUGGGGGUGAAGAAGAUCAAGCAGAGCCUGUACGGAUACAAGUACGGCGACGACGACAGCGUGUACAGGUCGAAGAAGAACUCCAUGGCGCAGCAGGCGUGCGUGCUCAACAGCUCCUCGCCGCAGAGGCUGAUGCAGCUCACGCAGACGCCCUGCCCCCGGGCGUCGGACGCUCACAGGAAGCCUUCGGAUCCCCAGGGCAGGGAGGCGCAGGCCCAGCGGGCGCCCUCGUGCAGCAGCGACGAGUCCAACGGGGCGCGCGGGCCGGGGCGCCCGCAGUACGCGGGGCCCCGGCCCACGCUGACGGGCGGCCACAUGGAGAUCCCGGCCGCCCUGAGGAACCCGCAGAGGAAGCACAGCAAGGUGAGCGCCUGCAAGGAGCUCAGCGACAUGAGCGACUCGCCCGAGAGCGACUACCACCCGGCGGGCAGGAAGUGCAGCUUCAUGUCCCGCGGCAUGUCGGAGAGCAAGCUGGCCUCCUCGUCCGACAGCGGCGACUCCCGCAGCGGGGGGGACGUCGAGGCCCAGCACUUCAACCAGGGGGAGAGUCCGCCGGUGACCCCGCCGCCUCCGUCCAGCGGGAGGAGGAUGUCCAUGAGCAUGAUAUUGGAGCUGUCUUCUAUCAUGAAGAAAUAAAUUGAAAAUGAGGAA